AUGAAGCGCCAGGCCUCCGUUCCCCUCCUCGCGCUCGUCCUCGCCGCCGCGGGCGUCGUCACCGCGUCCGCGGAAACGCCCGCCGUCUCCGCCGGCCGUUCUUCGGUUUCUUCCUCCGCGCCGCGCGUCUCGACGACGACGACGGCGACGACGUCGUCGUCCGCGCGCGCGCCGCCGACGGCGGUGACCUCGCGCGAAGCCGCGACGUCGCCGAGCACCCGUCGACGCGACGAGACCGCCGCCGCCGUCGACCUCCCGCACACCGGGCUCGCGUCGUGCGGCGAGGAGCGCGUGAACGACGGCAACUGCUUCGUGUUCUCCACGAUCUUCCCCAGGGACGGCGACGUCCCGGAGGACGCCUGCGCUUUGCGGUCGCCGCCCGAAGUCACCCUCGACGGCGUCGCGCUCGAGCUCAUCUCGCACGCGUUCGACGGGAAGGAUCUGUACUUCGAGGUGGACAUGCCGAGCGCGCUCGUGAACGCGGGGGUCGUCCCCGGGUCGACGCCGACGCUGCGCGCGACGACGUCGCUCGCGUGCCCGAAGGACGUCUUCGACGCGUCCGUCGCGAUGGCCGGCGGCGACGCGAGCGGUCUCGGCGGCCGCGUGACGUGGAUCUUCCCGUUCAACUUCUACCUCCUCGAGGAGAUCGUGUUCCUGGGCGACUCCAUCGAGAGCCUCGUCGAGGCGGCGGACAACCUGCAAGUCACCGUGAACGGCGAUCAAGAGGCGGAGGAGUUUCUGUACGGAGACGGGUGGGCGUACCAGUUGAACACGCGCGACGAGGACGACGACGACGACGCGCCGCCUGUGGACACGUUCCCGCCGGUGUUCGACCCGUUCCCGCCGGUGUUCGACUUCGACUUCCAGGAGAUCUUGCAGGGGACGAUGUGA